AGCGUUGACUUGUCCGCGUUGUUCCAUAUAAAAUGUGUGUAUAAUGUACGUGCCCACCAUCUCUUUUCUCUUCUUCUCAAUGGAAUCCCUCUUUCUCACUUUUAUCAUGAGCGGCUAAUCCACCGAUAGAAACGAAUGUUUUAAAACCCCAAUUCCAUUUACACCCUCAAUUCACUCCUCUUUGUUUUGCUACUUUGAGUACUAAUUUCAACAAACCCAGCUUUAUCUUUCUUUUUCUACCCUUUUCUUGAACCCCUCUUGAGUUCGAGGAUGGAAGCGGCGGCUCUUGAUGGGAUAAUUAAUAGGUUGCUUGAAGUGAGAGGCAAGCCGGGGAAACAAGUGCAGCUGUCGGAGUCUGAAAUUAGGCAGCUUUGUAUUCAGAGUAAAGAUGUGUUUAUGCAGCAGCCUAAUUUGUUGGAGCUUGAGGCUCCUAUCAAGAUCUGUGGAGAUAUACAUGGUCAGUAUUCUGAUCUACUGAGGCUUUUUGAGUAUGGUGGUUUACCUCCCAAAUCCAACUACUUAUUCUUGGGGGAUUAUGUUGACCGUGGGAAACAAAGUCUGGAAACAAUAUGCCUUCUCCUUGCAUUUAAGAUAAAGUAUCCAGAGAACUUUUUCCUGUUGAGGGGCAACCAUGAAUGUGCCUCUGUUAAUCGUAUAUAUGGAUUCUAUGAUGAGUGUAAGCGAAGAUUCAAUGUGAGGCUCUGGAAAGUAUUCACAGAUUGUUUUAACUGCUUACCUGUGGCUGCUCUCAUUGAUGAAAAGAUACUAUGUAUGCAUGGGGGCCUUUCUCCAGACUUGACUCAUUUGGAUCAAAUCAGGAACUUAAAGCGGCCAACGGAUGUGCCAGAUAGUGGAUUGCUCUGUGAUCUACUGUGGUCAGACCCUACUAACGAUGUAAAGGGAUGGGGAAUGAAUGAUAGGGGGGUUUCCUUUACCUUUGGAGCUGAUAAGGUGACGGAAUUUCUUCAGAAGCUGGAUCUUGACCUUAUAUGCCGCGCUCACCAGGUUGUAGAAGAUGGAUAUGAAUUUUUUGCGGAUAGACAACUCGUAACUAUAUUUUCAGCUCCUAAUUACUGUGGAGAAUUUGAUAAUGCUGGUGCUAUGAUGAGUGUGGAUGAGACAUUGAUGUGCUCGUUCCAAAUAUUAAAGCCUGCAGAAAAGAAGCCAAAAUUUGGGUUUGGAAGUACUACAACGACUAAGCAAGGAAGCCCUUUUAUUAAAAACAAGGUAUGAUGAACAUCUUAAUGUAUAUCCGAUGUCUCUUAAGGAUGCUGUUUGGGAUCUGUGGUACAUAGAGAAAGCCUUUUGUCAAAGAAACUGGAGUUUUCUUGCUUGAAGAUCAGAUCACCGGAAGCACUCUUUGGCAGAUUGAAAUAUAGCACAAACCUCCUGAUGAUAGACAGAGUUGGAGGGUUGUAAUUAGCGUUUCUUUUUCAAUGUUUGCAAAUUGCUUUGGCAAGGGACAAAGAUCGUCUACCCUGACAAGAAAACUGUUGUGUUUUUUUUUUCUUUUUGAAGUUAAAUGAUAAUGGGGAAAUCAAAACAUUGUUAGGAACUAAAGUUUAGGCUGUUGAUGCUGUGCUUUGCACUUUAAUGUGAUGCAUGUGGUCACUGUUUGUCCUAA